GCACUAAGGCACAAGCAGACUCAGUGCUGGACUGUAGCUUGCUAAGUUCAUUUCAUGCUGCAGGAGCAGAACAGAGCUGACAUAAAUUGGCUCAGGAAGAGCCCGCCAUGCAGGAGUGUUCGGCCAGCCUGGCUCUGCUGGUGCAGGAGGUGGAACGUGACAAAACUAAAGGGGAAGAAGCUUGCUGUUGGUACCGUUUGUGGAUUGCAAUGAUGCUGGCUACUAGGAUAUCCCGGCCCCUGUCUCUUUUCUCUGUGAAAACUCUGAAUUUCAGGGAUGCAGGAAAUGGUCUCAGGCCUGUGCAAGGAUUUUGCUUUCCUCUCUUGACUCUAAGUGGCAGGCGUCCUUAUGCAAGUGAAGUCGAUCAGAUUGGCAGCAAAGCUGUGCUCAUCACUGGCUGUGACUCUGGAUUUGGGUUCUCUUUAGCCAAGCACCUGCACUCUAAAGGCUUCAUUGUCUUUGCUGGCUGCCUGUUCAAGGACAAAGGGGAAGCAGGGUCCCAAGAGCUGGACAAUAUGAAGAGUGAGCGGAUGAGAACUCUCCAGCUCAACGUCUGCAGCAGCCAGGAGAUGGAGCGGGCGGUGGAGCACCUGGGCGCCAGUCUGAAGGACCCCCAGAAAGGGCUGGAGGGAGCAACAUGGAGUAAUUGGAAUGACCAUGUCUACAAGGAACACUGGGCAUGGAAGUGGACUGAACCAGGAAGGAAUCAUACCCAGCGGGCUCUGUAUCUCCUGGAGGAAUACCGCUCUAAAUUGAGCCAAAAUGAGGACAGACAGCUGAGAAACUCCAUAGAGCGUGUCAUUAAUAUCUUCCAGAGCAACCUUUUCCAGGCAUUGAUAGAUAUUCAAGAAUUUUAUGAAGUGACCUUACUGGACAAUCCAAAAUGUAUUGAUCACCCUAAUCUAUCUGAACCAGUGCAACCUGUGAAUACAUGGGACUUCUCCAGCCUUCCAAGUACAACAGUAACAUCAGAAACACUGCCAAGCAGCCUUAGUCCAAGUAUAGAGAAAUAUCGCUAUCAGGAUGACAGUAUACCUCCACAAGAGCAUAGCUCUUCGCACCUUACCAGUGAGGUGACUGGUCCAGAGCUGGUUCAUGUAUCAGAGAAGAACCUAUCACAGAUUGAGAAUAUACAUGGAUUUGUUUCCCAUUCUCACAUUUCACCAGUAAAGCCAACAGAAGCUGUUCCUCCCUCUUCUCCCAUUGUCCCUGUGAUCCCUGUCCUGCCAGUCCCUGCUGAGACCACUGUCAUCCCAUCCUCUACAUCACAGGCAAAUCCUCCUCCAAUACUGGUAAAUACAGAUGCUUUGGAGACUCCAGCAUAUGUUAAUGGCACAGAUGCAGAUUAUGAAUAUGAAGAAAUUACACUUGAAAGGGGAAAUUCAGGGCUUGGCUUUAGCAUUGCAGGUGGUACGGACAACCCACAUAUUGGGGACGACUCAAGUAUUUUCAUUACAAAAAUCAUAACAGGAGGUGCAGCUGCUCAGGAUGGAAGAUUACGGGUUAACGAUUGUAUAUUACGAGUAAAUGAAGUGGAUGUUCGUGAUGUGACACACAGCAAAGCAGUUGAAGCGUUAAAGGAGGCAGGAUCCAUUGUGCGGUUGUAUGUCAAAAGAAGAAAGCCAGUCACAGAAAAAAUAAUGGAGAUAAAACUUGUUAAAGGGCCUAAAGCAGGACUUGGGUUCAGCAUAGCUGGUGGUGUUGGAAAUCAGCAUAUUCCUGGUGACAACAGUAUCUAUGUAACCAAAAUUAUUGAAGGAGGUGCAGCACAUAAAGAUGGCAAACUUCAGAUUGGAGACAAACUUCUAGCUGUCAACAGUGUUUGCUUAGAAGAAGUUACACAUGAAGAAGCAGUGACUGCCUUAAAAAACACAUCUGAUUUUGUUUAUCUGAAAGUUGCAAAACCUACCAGCAUGUUCAUGAAUGAUAGUUAUGCCCCUCCAGACAUCAACAACUCUUAUUCUCAGCCAGUGGAUAACCAUAUGAGUCCAGCUAGCUACUUGGGACAAUCUUUGCCACCAUCAUCACCAGGAAGAUAUUCCCCAAUUCCCAAGGAAAUGAUUGGAGAUGAAGAGAUUACCAGAGAACCUAGAAAAGUUGUUCUACAUCGUGGAUCAACAGGGCUUGGCUUCAACAUCGUGGGCGGCGAAGAUGGAGAAGGAAUUUUCAUCUCUUUCAUUCUUGCAGGAGGGCCUGCUGAUCUGAGUGGUGAGCUCAGGAAAGGAGACCGUAUAAUUUCGGUAAAUGGUAUAGACCUUAAAGCUGCGACUCAUGAACAAGCAGCAGCAGCCUUGAAGAAUGCAGGCCAAGCAGUAACUAUUGUUGCACAAUACCGUCCUGAAGAAUAUAGUCGUUUUGAAGCUAAAAUACAUGACUUACGGGAGCAGAUGAUGAACAGUAGCAUUAGCUCAGGAUCAGGAUCUCUGCGGACCAGCCAGAAGAGGUCCCUAUAUGUUAGAGCUCUCUUUGACUACGACAAGACUAAAGACAGUGGCCUUCCUAGUCAGGGACUGAACUUCAAAUUUGGCGAUAUCCUCCAUGUCAUCAAUGCUUCUGAUGAUGAGUGGUGGCAAGCACGGCAGGUGACACCAGAAGGAGAAAGUGAUGAAACUGGAGUGAUUCCAAGCAAACGGAGAGUUGAGAAGAAAGAAAGAGCCCGCUUAAAGACAGUGAAAUUUAAUUCCAAAAUGAGAGGAGAUAAAGUGCAGUCAUUCAAUGACAAGCGUAAAAAGAACCUCUUUUCCCGAAAAUUUCCCUUCUACAAGAACAAGGACCAGAGUGAGCAAGAAACCAGUGAUAUUGACCAACAUGUAACCUCUAAUGCCAGCGAUAGUGAAAGUAGUUACCGUGGCCAAGAAGAAUAUGUCUUGUCUUAUGAACCAGUCAAUCAACAAGAAGUCAGUUAUACUCGGCCAGUGAUUGUUUUGGGACCCAUGAAAGACAGAAUAAAUGAUGAUUUAAUCUCAGAAUUUCCAGAUAAAUUUGGAUCAUGUGUUCCACAUACUACCAGACCAAAACGAGAUUAUGAGGUCGAUGGACGGGAUUACCACUUUGUCACCUCUCGAGAGCAGAUGGAGAAGGAUAUUCAGGAUCACAGAUUCAUUGAGGCUGGCCAGUAUAACAAUCACCUUUAUGGAACAAGUGUCCAGUCAGUACGGGAAGUAGCAGAAAAGGGAAAACACUGCAUUCUUGAUGUGUCUGGCAAUGCGAUCAAGAGGUUGCAGAUUGCCCAGCUGUACCCAAUCUCCAUUUUUAUUAAACCCAAAUCAGAGGAAAACAUCAUGGAAAUGAACAAACGUUUAACAGAGGAGCAAGCCAGAAAGACCUUUGAGAGAGCCAUGAAACUGGAGCAAGAAUUUACGGAACAUUUCACAGCUAUUGUCCAAGGAGACACACUGGAAGAGAUAUACAACCAUGUGAAACAGAUCAUAGAAGAACAGUCUGGGCCUUAUAUCUGGAUACCAGCAAAGGAAAAAUUAUGAAAAAUCAAGAGAUUUUUGUUUUUCAUUUUUCUAGCUGACAUCAUCUACUCAUGUGACAACUUGUAACCCCUUUCAUUGGAGCCUGCUUCUGGCUCUUUCCAAUGUGGGAAAAUGCACUAAACAUCUCAUUUUGCAGUUCCUAUAAUUAACACACACACAGACACACAGCUCGCCGAGCCGCAGCGAGCCCUGCUCUCCAGCCGCGCUAUCUGGCAAUCUGCGCAUGCGCAGAUCACCCGAACCCAGCUCUUCUGGGUUGUAAUCUACUCGCCAUGGACGAGUAGAUUACAUAGAUUGUCGAGCCGUGUGUGUGUGUGUGUAUGUGUGUGUGCGCGCGCGCACGCACAUACACUUUUCCAACAUGAAGAUCAAAUGGCUUGACCAGCUAUUAAGGGUAGAGGUGAGGAAUUAUAUGGUAAAAUUCCUUAAUGUUUAAGGGAAUGUAACUUUCAGAGAUUUUCGGAAAAGCUUUAUAUACAUUCUUUUAAAAUUUCAUAACAUAUGAAAGAGAAAUCAUCUUACCCAAUUAUGUAAAUUGUGAGCAAUUUUGCACGCUUAAUUUUAAUAGCAUGGGUUGGUCAAGGAAUUUAAUUUUAAGUUUUAAUUUGCAGGUUGACUUUCUAUAGUCACAGCAAAUAUUUUUCUUUACGGGCAGUUAAUGUAACUUUAUUUUCCAAAUUAAUGUAUUAAUUAACUUUCAUUAAUUCAGAAGGGAUAUUCAUUUUCAAAAUUUCAUAAUGAUAUUCUUAUAGUCUAUUUUUAUUCAUUUUUGCAUAUACAAUUACUAGGAAUAAAGAAUAUUUAAUGUUUUUAAUCUUACUCAUGCAGCACUAUUUACAGUGUCUUACAAAUGUUGUUUAUAGAUAAUGGCCAUCACUCUUUUCUGAGUAGAAAAAGUUACGGUGCUAGAGAAGCUUGCAUUUUACAAAGGAAUAUGCAAAUUUUCAUUGGCAGUAAAACAAAACAUUUGCAGUGAGGGAUGAUCAUUAAGGUGAUAUGUCAGAUUUGUAGUUUGAAUGUGUGUGUUCUUUAGGGUGUCAAAUUUUAAUAUUUUAUCCAUAAUAACUGCCUAUUUUGUUAUAAAACUUUAAACUUUGUAACUAUGGGAAUUAUUUUCUUUACAUAGUUGCACAUACAUAUAAAAUAUUUUUUCUUUUCCCACCUACUCCUAACUUUUCUUUUUUGUUUUUUGAGAAUAAAUAAAAAAUGGAAUUUAUUUUCUUUAAUCGUAUGAAAUGAAAAGGGGUGUGGUGGCUGAAUAACACAUCUGGGAGAUAUUAGCUCUGAGAAUAAAUAUGGGCAAGUUCUCUUUUCUACAAACAGUUUCAGAUGGUUGUCUUUUUUUACUUCCAUGUGAUGUGCAUAGUUUAAUGAAUGGGAGAUUUCAGAGUCGAUGGUCAGUUUUUAUGUACAUCUUAGACUGCACCUGUGUCAUUUCUUCCAUGGCAUCUUGGUACUGGAGACACGGGCCUCUGAGGUGAGCAAUUACAAAUACAUGUCUGCAAUACAGAACUAGCAUCAAUAAUAAAACAUUUUCCAGUUAUUAAUAACAUUGCUUGGUGCCUGCUCGUGGUUCAUUUGGAAUCAGUUGUUCAUUAAAAAAAGUGCUUCUGACAGCCUCUUUGCCAUUUCCCAGCCACAUUACCUGUGUUUUAAAAAGAACUCUAAAUAUUAUCCAUUCCAUUUGUCAGAAAGAGGAGAACAGCUAAUAAAGUUUAUUGUACAACA